GCGAGAUCUACGCACUUGCAUCAAUCCCGCUGCAGCUGCUCACCUGGACGCCAUCGGAUCCGCAUGAAGAGGCACCACGCUCGGACAAAUGCUCGACGGUCCAGGGGAACGCUCCAAACCGCUCCUUUCGGUGUGCAGUUCGGCCCACGUGUGUUCGCAACGUCGCUGUCAAAGGGAUCGCGCAGCACGUCGGUCACGUCGGGCGACGCCCGCAACGCACGUCCAACAGAUGGAUGUGACGCCGUGCCAUCCAUACCCCGCAGGCUCCGCACGCACGACCGUGCAUUCAGUGCAGCGCAGCGUCUGAGUCUGCGCGCCGAGAGAGAGCCAAACUGGUGGCCUGCUCGGACAGUGUGCCCGCUGAGGAUGGCGGCGGCGUAGAGGGAAUCCAACUCGGGGGUUCUGUUCUCGGGGGCUAAUCACAUUGAUGUGACCAUCGAGGAAGCCGUCCAGCUUUGCCCGCAAAGUGUCGCCUUCCCUGACAGUCCCGCGUGCGAACGCUGAGAACUCGCUCGAUCUGGGCACCGGACACCCAAAUCGGGCGGCGCGCCCUCCCCAAUACGCACCUCGUCACGCCGGUCAAGUCCAACCCGCCACGACCUCGACUUCGCAACCGUU